GCCCUUUUUAAGGCUACAGCCGUUAACAUCGAUCCAUACGUCCGUCCGCUCGUCUGCACCAAUGAGGACUCUCCACGAAUCUGGGAAUCCUCUGGAAUCGACGCCGGCUAGGAGUCAGGAGGAGCAGGCGAGGAGCGGCGUACUUUAGAUCAACUUCGGCACUUAUUUGUUCACCUCAGGAGGUCCACGUCCAGCAAUCCGCAUACUGCGGAGCACCGGUCAGGAGAUGCAUUUCUGCCUUGUGCUACUCCUGUUGGUCCCUGGAGCUCUCUGCGAAGGAGAGGAAGAGAAGGUUUCCAAGGUGGAGCCGGCUGAGGACGUUGUCUACAAUGUCCCCAAGCCCGUGGGAUUCGCCCACAUCGCGGAGCACUUCGACGACUUGGACGCCUUCAAGGAACGAUGGGUCCUUUCGGAGGCGACCAAGGACGGCGCAGAGUCGAGCGUCGCCAAGUACGAUGGCAAGUGGCAAGUGGAGGCCGCCGCCCGGAACCACCUGCGUGGAGACCUGGGCCUGGUGCUCAAGACCAAGGCGCGCCACCAUGCCAUUGCUGCUAAGCUGGACCGGCCCUACCUGUUUGAGCACAAGCCUUUCGUGCUGCAGUACGAGGUGCAGUUCCAGGAGGGCCAGGACUGCGGUGGCGCCUACAUUAAGCUCUUGUCCGACCUGGAGGAGAACAGGGACCUGCGGCAGUUUCACGACAAGUCCCCUUACACCAUCAUGUUCGGGCCGGACAAGUGCGGCACGGACCAUAAGCUGCACCUCAUCUUCCGGCACCGGAACCCCCGCAACGGCAGCUACGAGGAGAAGCACUGGAAGAAGUCCGGCGGCAUCACCAAGUUCGACGAGGUGUUCAAGGACAAGAGGCCGCACCUCUUCACUCUGGUGCUGACCCCAGACAACCAAUUCGAGGUCCUGGUGGACCAGCGCAGCGAGGCCAAGGGCAGCCUCCUCGAGGACUUCGAGCCAGCCGUCAACCCGCCGGCCGAGGUGGAGGACCCCACGGACGUCCGGCCCGCAGACUGGGACGAGCGGGAGAAGGUACCGGAUGUGACCGCCACCAAGCCCGAGGACUGGGACGAAGAGGCACCGAGGCAGAUCCCGGACCCGGACGCCACCAAGCCCGUGGGCUGGCUGGACGACGAGCCCGCGCUUGUCCCCGACGCUGCGGCCGAGCGCCCCAAAGACUGGGACGACGACAUGGAUGGCGAGUGGGAGCCACCCCUUGUCAACAACCCCAAGUGCGCCGCCGUGGGCUGCGGGGAGUGGAAGCCCCCCCUGGUGGACAACCCGCGCUAUAAGGGCAAGUGGAGGGCGCCCCUGGUGGACAACCCCAACUACAAGGGCAAGUGGCGUCCCCGCAAGAUCCCCAACCCACACUUUUACGAGGACAGCCACCCGUUCCGCAUGACCCCGGUCUCUGCGGUGGGCUUUGAGCUGUGGUCCAUGUCGGAGGGCAUCCUCUUUGACAACGUGCUCAUCACGGACGACCCCGUGGUGGCCGACCAGUGGGCUGCCGACACCUGGCUGCUCAAAAAGGAGGCGGGAGACCGGGAGACGGACGGCCUGCUGACGCGCCUGCUCAAGUACACAAACAAGUACCCCUGGCUGUGGGCCGUGUACGUGGUUGCCCUGGGACUACCCCUGGUGCUCAUUGUGGGCUUCUGCUGCUCUUCCUCCCAGGACAAGAAGGCCCAGCACAAGAAGAGCGACGACGUGCCCGCCGAGGAGGAGGAGGAGCCUCGGGAGGAGGCCCCCGCCCCCAUCGAGGAGGAGGAGGAAGAGGAGGAGGGUGCCGGAGGAGAAGCCAGCGCCUCCAACGAGGAAGGCAGCGGCGACGGGGAGGACGUGGACGGAGGAGCGGGCGACGCCAAGCGGUCCCCACGGAGACGGCGGCCCCGCCGGGAGUGAAGCCAGGCGGGGGACGGGGUGGGGGAGGGACUGUUUUUCUACAAGCAGCAAGAUACGUAGUGCGCGCUGCUGCCCGUGUUUUGCCUGUGUGCGUGGCUGAGAGGUGUGCUAAGUUAUUGACCAAUAAAGCUAGUUGUCUUUGUUUACACA